UCGUUUAGCAUGACAAGAGUUAAUUGAGCUUCCUGUGUUCAUAAAAGUUAACGAAGUUUAAUUUCUGACAGUUCUUUUUGGCAUGUUGAUCAGAUACAUUGAAACGGAACUACCAACAGUAUUAUCUAUAGAAAGUACGUCCUUUAAAGACUGAACCGAUAGUGUACUGCGGAAAAGUUGACUAAUAUCUUCGACACAAAGUUAGAAUGUUAUCGUGUAUUGCGGAAAUGAUAGAAAGUUCGCCGAGUAAGUCCGAAGAAGGAGCAUCCACGGUGUACGAGUCGCCAAUCACUGGGAUUGUUCGUGGAUUGAUGAAGUCUACGCUCUCGCCGCGGAAUCAUUUGAAUUGUGAUGGUACCGAAACCGAAGAAAACCGUCUAAAUUCCGUUACUGCGUGCAAUCGGCCUGAACGCGGCGUCUUAGGAUCGAGGAGUACGAACGAAGGGCUCUUUAAGGAUGCCUUCAAGUUCAAGAGUACUCCAGAGAACACGGUGAAAUCCAAGCCGAAGGUGCGUCGACUUCUCGGCAUGGCGUCCCGACGUUUUUCCAGUACGGAAUCGGUGUCGCCCUCUGUCGAGAAAGAAAACAGCAAUACUGGUUGCAGUCCACGGGGUAUCAGCCCGCAGAAGAUCGUGGGGGGAAAAAAGUCCCGAUAUCCGCUGGAAGAUUGCGACCCUAACAGUCAGGACAGUGGAUACGAGGCAAGUUAUCCGGAAAAAGAAGAAAAGCCACGGGAGGCGUUCCGAUUUGUAGAACCGAUGGCCGUUGCUCCGCGACGGACAUCGAUCGAAUCACGAAGUCCGAUGGAAUCACCGGUGCGAUCCUCGCCGCGACGAAUGCGCGCGAGACGACCCACCCUCUUUCGGAGUCUUUCUUCCGGCUACGAAAGCAUGGAUGAUGGUUUCAACGAUCUGAUCGACGUGGAGCCUCUGGAAGAUACAACACGCCUACCGAACGGCAUCUCGACUCUUCUUUGCGGUGAUAUCGUCGGCACAGGAACGUUUUCCGACGUGACGACCGCCAUCAAUAUAGAUUCGAACUUCAGCCCUAGUACACCGGAAUUCCCUCGCACGAAUCGCACCGGCAACUUCAGACGAUCGCUCUCGUUGCAAAACGAAAGAUCCGAAACGCGCAAGAACUCGUCGCUCUCAAAAGUACGCUCUUGUCUGUUUCGUUCUCCGAACGCGAAUUCCUCGACUGUGAAUCCGGGUUUCGAGGACGAUCCGUUGUUGGCGAUGACAGUCCCCGUGUCUCAUCGCCGACGAGUCGGCUACGGUUACGACCACGAGAACGACUUUGGUUCUCCGCUAUCCGUCCGAACGUUCAAACGACCGGAUCCACCGAUCGACGAUAGUCCGAAAUUAGUGAAAAAGUCUCGGAGAUCGAGCACCAGCUUUCUCGACGCGAUAAGACAUUGCAACGGCAUCGAUGUGUCGACUUCCAGUUCCCGGUUCGCCGGAAUUCCUUUCCAGAGAAGUUUGUCCGAAACAUCGGCAACCAUCACGGCGAUGGCAAUGGCGAUCGAAACGACAUGCGCGGAUACGCGACAGGAAACACAAGCGGAAACGGAAACUCACGCGCUCAUAAAGUCAGCUAUUCAUCGUAGUAGCACCGACAUGGAUCUUACGGGUGACUUCAGUAAAUCAUGCGUUUUACCAUUAGCCACCGGCCAUCACGAAGACUUGAAAUCGAUUUCGGUGGAUACGUUGGCCGCUCUGAUUCGUGGAGAGUUCCACGAUCGCAUUGGUUCUUUCAAGAUCGUAGAUUGUCGUUACCCGUACGAGUUCGAUGCCGGACACAUUCAGGGUGCCCUGAAUCUGUACAGCAAGGACCUAAUCGAGCGAAUACUGUUAGACCCUUUAACCAAUACGCCUGAGAUCCAACCGGAUACGAACAAGAGGAAUAUUCUGGUAUUCCACUGUGAAUUCUCCUGGGAACGCGGCCCAAAUCUUUCGCGGUUUUUGCGAAACUUAGAUCGACAACGUAACAAAGAACACUAUCCCGCUCUGUAUUAUCCAGAAGUUUAUCUGCUGCACGGUGGAUACGAACAAUUCUACAAAGAACAGAAAGGACUGUGUUCGCCGCAAGGUUAUCGACCGAUGAGACAUCCGGAUCACGAAGCGGAUCUCAAGCAAUUUCGAAGUAAGAGCAAAAGUUGGCAAGGCGAGAAAUCAAGAAUCUGCGCUGGUGCGACGCGAACCAAUUUGAAGCGUCUAGGUUUUUAAUUGCAACAAUAAUUUGUCAACCCUUCCUCCUUUCUCUAUUCUCUCUUCUCUCAGUCGGAUUGUUCGUUUCUACUUUCUCACUUUACUCCGUAUUUACGUGUAAAUAGCUUGUAUCGUUCUGAUACGUUUACUUAUAUUUUAGUGAAUUCUAGUACAAGGAAACAAAAAGCGCUUAUUUUUAACGACGGACGACACGGCGACCGUCGAGACGUUAUCUAAAAAGAAAAAAAGUUGAACGUUAGCAUUAUCGAAGUUUGCGCGUUUGACUCGAUGACGUGUAUAAACGGUUAAUACCGAAAUCGUUACAAAUUUACGGCUUCGUGUGUACGCAAAGAUAGCAAUGCCGGCGGAGAUGAGCGAACGCGAAUAGGAUCGUGAAACGAUGAAGCGAAUAGAA